AUGGCUGUGCACAGCAAGAUGUCCAGUUCUCGCCGCGCCGCAGCGGUGGCCCUUGGUGCCGGUGCCUGCGCACUUGCCGGCACCAGCUUCGUGGCCCCGCAGGCGCCGCAGACAGUCGCCCACCAGAGCGUUGGACAUGCCAUGCAGGCAGAGUCUCGUAGCGUCCCAUCCAGCUUCGGCGGGGUCGCCGGGGUUGCCAGCAUGGCCAGCAUGGCAGGUAUGGCAGGCCUCGCAGCUGCGAACACAGGCCGACGCGCCAAGACCACGAAGACCGCCAAGCAGCAGCGGGUGGUUUCCGUGCAGGCACGAGGAGGUGAGGAGGACACUCGGGUCUGCAUCCCAUUGGAGGAGCUGCGCAACACCGACGUGGAGAAGGUCGGUGGAAAGAGUGCCUCGUUGGGUGAGAUGAUCUCGCAGCUGUCGGAUGUGGGCGUGCCUGUGCCGGGCGGUUUCAGCACCACCGCCUAUGCCUACAAGGAGUUCUUGGACAAAGGAGGCAUCAACGAGUUCAUCAACGACAAGCUGUCGGACGAUUCCAUCUACGAGGACGUGGACAAGUUGAUGAAGGUGGGCAAAGAGAUCCGUGACAAGAUCAUGGACACGCCCUUUCAGCCCAACUUCGAGGAGGAGCUUAAGUCACAGUGGGAGCGCGUGAGCGGUGGCGAUGAGAAGUUCACCUUCGCCGUGCGAUCCUCUGCGACCGCCGAGGACUUGCCCGAUGCCUCCUUUGCUGGGCAGCAGGAGACCUACCUUAACGUCAUGGGCUAUGCCGACAUGAAGGAGAAGGUGCACCUUGUGUUCGCCUCCCUGUUCACGGACCGAGCAAUCUCGUACCGCCACGACCGCGGCUUUGAGCACGAGAAGGUGCAGCUGUGCGCCACUUGCCAGAAGAUGGUGCGUAGUGAGACAGGCUCCGCCGGAGUCAUGUUCUCCCUGGACACGGAGAGCGGUUUCCGGGAUGUGGUCUUCGUGACUUCUGCAUACGGACUGGGUGAAACUGUGGUCGGUGGCACCGUGAACCCCGAUGAGUGGUAUGUCUUCAAGCCAACCCUUGCAGAAGGCAAGAAGUCCAUCAUCUCCCGCACCAUGGGCUCCAAGCUCGUGAAGAUGGUGUACAAAGCUGGUGGCGGCUCAGAGACCAUCGACACCAGCAGCGAGGAGAGGGGAAGCUGGUCGGCGACAGACGAGGAGGUCACGGCCUUGUCGGAGAUGGCUGUGAAGAUCGAGAAGCACUAUGGACGGCCCAUGGACAUCGAGUGGGCCCGGGACGGAGAUGAUGGCAAGCUAUACAUUGUGCAGGCUCGUCCUGAGACAGUUGCCUCUCAGAAGAAGGUGGGCGUCAUUGAGGAGUACAAGAUGCUGGAGAAGGGCGGCGAGACGGUCGCAGAGGGCCGUGCUGUAGGCAAGCGAAUCGGCAGUGGCAAGGUGAACAUCUUGACCAGCAUCGACCAGAUGGCCGAGUUCAACCAGGGUGAGGUCCUGGUGGCAGACAUGACUGACCCUGACUGGGAGCCCAUCAUGAAGAAGGCCGGCGCCAUCAUCACCAACCGCGGUGGGCGCACCUGCCAUGCAGCCAUCAUUGCCCGGGAGCUGGGCAUCCCGGCCAUCGUCGGUUGCGGAGAUGCCACGGACAAGGUCAAGAAGGGCGACCCCGUCACUGUGUCCUGUGCCGAGGGCGACACCGGGUACAUCUACAAGGGUGAGCUGAAGUUCGAGAGGAACGUUCAGGACCUGGGUGAGCUUCCCGAGGUAGGCUUGAAGAUCAUGAUGAACGUUGGCAAUCCGGAGACGGCCUUCAGCUUCGGCCAGCUCCCCAACGAGGGCAUUGGCCUGGCCCGUCUCGAGUUCGUCAUCAACAACGCCAUCGGCGUGCACCCCAAGGCCCUCCUGAACUACGACACUCUGGAUGCCGAGACGAAAGCCUUGGUCGAUGAGCGAAUGAGGGGCUAUGGCAGCCCUAAAGAGUUCUACAUCAACAAGAUUGCUGAGGGUGUGGCCACCUUGGCUGCCUCCGUGUACCCCAAGCGCAUCAUUGUGCGCCUGUCCGACUUCAAGUCCAAUGAGUACAAGAGCUUGAUCGGAGGAGAGCAGUACGAGCCUGAUGAGGAGAAUCCCAUGAUUGGCUUCCGUGGCUGCGGGCGAUACACUGACCCCUUCUUCGAGGAGUGCUUCGCCAUGGAGCUGGAGGCCGUGAAGAUUGUGCGCGGUGAGAUGGGCCUGAAGAACGUGGAGAUCAUGAUCCCGUUCGUGCGUACCCUGGACAUGGCCAAGGAUGUCAACGAGGUCCUGGAGAAGAACGGCCUGAAGCGAGGUGAGGACGGGCUGAAGGUGAACAUGAUGGCCGAGCUGCCUAGCAACGUCUUCUUGGCCGAGGAGUUCCUGGAGUACUUUGAUGGGUUUUCCAUCGGCAGCAACGACCUUACGCAGCUGACACUGGGCCUGGACCGUGAUUCCGGCCUGGUUGCGCAGUACUUCGAUGAAAGGAAUCCAGCUGUCAUGAAGGGUCUGGAGACUUUGAUCAAAGCCGCCAAGGCCAAGGGCAAAUACGUCGGCAUCUGCGGCCAGGGCCCUUCGGACCACCCUGACCUCGCUAAGUGGCUCAUGGACCAGGGCAUCGACUCUGUGUCCUUGAACCCCGACUCCGUCAUCCCGACCUGGCAGUUCCUGAGCAAGUGA